UAACCAUUAAAUGAAAACUAGUAAAAUACUAUGCCGAACUGAAAUGAUAUGUAAAAUCAAGACUCAUGUCAAGAAUUAUUAUAAUACAUUUAAUAUAAUAGAAUCAACGUUAAUUAUUGUAAUAGAUGUAUUUUGUGACGCUAUUGAAUAUUCCAAGAAAUUACGUUUUGUGUAGCGUAAAACAUAUAUCAAUAUAUAACACAUUGGAAUGUUGAGAGACAAAAUUUAUGAAACAGAAAACAAGUCAAAUGUCGAAAGAAAUAAAAAAAUAUCGAAAAGUUUCUAAUUUAAGUAAUUUCAUCGUUUAUUAAAAUUUUUUAAAUAAAAUAUAUUAAGCUAAUAAAUGAAUAUUUAAAGCUCAUACGCACGCAAAUUAUAAAAUAAAAUGGAUGUGUUUACAAAGUUACGAAACACUGUUAGCAAUACAAUAUCCAAUACUGUUCAAAACACUGCUUAUGGUUUAUCACAAUUGUCAAAUGUCCUUCCUGGUAAUCCAGUGACCAGAGAAUUUGAAGUAACUGCUCAUAUAGCAAGUGCAGGACCAUCGUUGCUAUGGAAGGUUUACAAUGGUUACAAAAAAUCUACAAGACAAGAAGCAGCGAUAUUUGUAUUUGAAAAACGUAUUUUGGAUAAAUUUUCCAAAAACGAUAAAGAAUUAAUUUUAGAAACAUUGAAAAGAGGUGUCGCGCAAUUAACUAAAUUACGUCAUCCACAAAUUUUAACUGUUCAACAUCCUUUGGAGGAAUCAAGAGAUAGCUUAGCAUUUGCCACCGAACCUGUAUUAGCUAGUCUAGCUAAUGUUUUAGGAAACCAUAAUAAUUUACCACAACCAUUACCAACAGCGUUAAAGGAUUACAAGCUACACGAUGUUGAAAUUAAAUAUGGACUUUUACAACUUGGAGAAGGUUUUACAUUUUUGCAUGGAGAUGUUAAAUUAUUGCACAGAAAUCUAUGUCCAGAAUCUAUUGUUGUAAAUAGUCAUGGAGCGUGGAAAAUUUUUGGGUUUGAUUUUUGUGCUUUAAAUCAAAGCGUUGAAGGUAAACAACCUCAGUGGUCAUACGUAGAAUAUGACAUAUCAGCUCCAUCUAUAGCUCAAUCAAAUUUGGAUUAUCAAGCACCAGAAUGUAUUUUGGCAAGUAGCGUUGGUACAGCUAGCGAUAUAUUUUCUUUGGGAAUGGUGAUAUACGUUUUACAUUCUCCAAAGAAUCUACUUCUUCAUGAAUCUAACAAUGAUUUAUUGAAAUGUAAACAGUUUUUAGAAAAUUUUAAAAGUUCAAAUAUCACAGAUAGGUAUCUUCCAACUUCAGAGAGCCUUAGAGAUACAGUUAAAUUGAUGUUACAUCAUAAUCCUGAAUUAAGACCAGAUGCUCAUCAGUUUGUAAAGAUUGAUUACUUUACAGAUAUAGGUGUCAAAACACUGAAUUAUUUAGACAAAAUUUUCCAAUGGGAUAACUUACAGAAAUCGCAAUUUUACAAAGGAUUACCUCAACUUUUAAAACAAUUACCACAUAGAGUUAUAUUACAUAGAGUUCUUCCAGCUUUAUACAAGGAAUUGUUUAAUCCUCCAAUGAUUCCAUUUGUUUUACCUAGUAUAAUCUAUGCAAUGGAAACAAGUUCUGUGGAAGAAUUUAGAGAAUAUAUUUUACCCAACAUUAAAUCAGUUUUAACAUUAGAUGAUCCACCACAAAUCAGCCUUGUUUUAAUGCAACACGCGGAUUUGUUAUUAAGAUUAUGUACUACAGAAAUAAUAAAAACAGAUAUAGUUCCAAUGUUAUUACGUGCUUUAGAAUCGGAAUGGGAACAGUUACAAGAGUUAUGUUUAUCAGCUUUGCCUAAUAUUAUAACAAUGAUCGAAGGACCAGUGAUUAAAAAUGCAAUUUUACCUAGAAUGAAAAAGAUUUGUUUAUAUGGGAAGGGAAGCCGCAGAAAAAGUCUUGGAGUUAAAGUUAAUUGUUUAUUAUGUCUUGCAAAAAUGUUACCGCAUUUCGAUCGAUGGCUUGUCCUUGAUCAAGUGUUACCUUUUCUCCAAGAAAUUCCACACUCUGGUGAACCUGCAAUUCUAAUGGCCAUCAUAGGUAUUUAUAGAAUGUUAUUAAGCCACAGUAAAUUGGGAACAAGUAAAGAAAUAUUAGCAACAAAGAUCUUACCAUUUUUAUUGCCACUCUGUGUUGAACAAAAUUUCAGUCUAUCACAAUAUGAAAUUCUGUCAAAUCUCGUGACUGAAAUGAUAAAUCGUGUAACAUCGGAGCACAAAGAAGCUUUAAAACAGUUAGAUGCCAUGCGUCGUGAGACCCAACAGUUAGAUCAAGAACUUUCAAAAACCUCCACUAUGUAUAAAAAUAUUAAUUCAAAUAAUGAUGAUGUAAAUAUAAUUCCUAUAGUUCCUACUCCAAAUACAAGUACAAGUUUAAAGUCUCUGCAAAUUGAAAACGGAUUGACAAUAGAAGAUAAAUUUCGAUUAGUUCAACAACAAGGAGUGCACCAAAGAUUACAAUCUCAAACGCUAUUAACACCUACAAUUGUUCAACCCACAAAACCUCCAGUAAAAGAUUUAACUGAUACUUUAUUGAGAUCUAAUUUAGAUCAACUAAAUCUUUCAAUGUCAUGUUCAAAACCUGAUUAUUCGUGGAAAUCGUCGAAUUCAAAUCAAUAUCAGCACUUCAAUUUACAAGGAAUGAAUGUACAAUUAAAUCAGAAAGGAAAUACUUGUGUUCCUAAUUCAGUCAUUCCUCGAAACAGUAUUAAUUAUUCUAUGAAUCAAGGAAAUGUUACAACUAAUAAGUCGGAAUUUAAUUCAAAUCUAAAUCCUAAUACAAAUAAUUUUCCUAUCAAUCAGUUGGAAUUUAAUUCAAAUCUGAAUUCCAAUUCAGAUCAAAAAGUAGAAAAAUUUCCAUCAUAUGAUGUAAUGGAUCUACUUAGUUAAUGAUUUUACGGAUGUAAUACUGUAUUAUAAUGUUCAUUAUUACACAGGAUAAGGAUAUUAAUAAAUUAUGGAUAUUAAUCUUUUAUUA